AUGUCCGCAGGCCAGAUCAGGGCGGCGGUUGAGACAGAGAUCCGGGCAAUGGAAACCCACAUGAACUGGCGAUGCCGCGCUGUCAUUGUGGAUCCAAAGAACACCAACCGGAUUAGACUUGCUUGCCGAGAUGAAGCUGAACACCAGCUGGUGAAGAAAGUGGCAGGAGCAAAGAUCGGUGUAGGAGCCCGGGUGCUUCGUGACGAGCUUUACCCGAUCAAAGUCGACAGCGUCAAGAAGCUGCAGUGCUAG